AUGUCUACCGGCCGCAAAACAGCAAUCAUCUCCGUCUAUGACAAGACGGGCUUGCUCGACCUUGCCAAAGGUCUAAUCAAGCACAAUGUCCGCCUCUUGGCUUCGGGAGGCACUGCCAAAAUGAUCCGGGAAUCAGGCUUUGAGGUUGAGGAUAUCUCUGCCAUUACCCAUGCGCCAGAGAUGCUAGCUGGCAGAGUAAAGACCCUCCAUCCCGCUGUUCAUGCCGGCAUCCUUGCUCGCAACCUUGCCUCCGAUGAGAAAGACCUCGCCGAACAGAACAUCAACAAAGUUGACUACAUCAUCUGCAACCUGUACCCUUUCAAGGACACCGUUGCUAAGGUUAAUGUCACGAUUCCCGAGGCUGUGGAGGAGAUUGACAUCGGCGGGGUCACUUUGAUCCGCGCUGCGGCCAAGAACCACGUCCGUGUUACAAUUUUGAGUGAUCCCGCGGACUAUCCUGAGUUCCUCCAAGAGCUUGAGAAAGGAGAGGUCUCGGAGCGCAGCAGAAAAAUGUAUGCUUUGAAAGCUUUCGAGCAUACUGCGGAUUAUGAUGCGUCCAUUUCCGACUUUUUCCGCAAGCAAUAUGCUGGGGAUGGAGUACAGCACCUGGCCCUUCGUUACGGUGCAAACCCCCACCAAAAGCCCGCCGCGGCAUACACAAAGAUGGGAAAUGUUCCCUUCAAGGUCUUAUGCGGAUCUCCUGGAUACAUUAAUCUCCUGGACGCUCUCAAUGCCUGGCCGUUGGUGAAGGAAUUGAAGGCUGCAUUGGGACACCCAGCUGCUGCAAGCUUCAAGCACGUCUCCCCCGCAGGCGCCGCUAUCGGAGUCCCCCUUACCGCUGAUGAGCGCAAGGUCUACAUGGUGGACGACAUUGAGGACCUUGAAAAAUCUCCUCUCGCCCAGGCAUACGCACGUGCUCGAGGUGCGGAUCGCAUGAGCAGCUUUGGUGACAUGAUCGCCUUGAGUGACGUCGUAGACGUUCCCACUGCAAAGAUUAUUUCCAAAGAAGUUUCUGACGGUGUCAUUGCUCCCGGAUACGAGGAUGCAGCUCUUGAGAUUCUGAAGAAGAAGAAGGGCGGUAAGUACUUGGUCUUGCAGAUGGACCCUGAAUACGAGCCUUCACCCCAGGAGUCCCGAACAGUCUACGGUAUCACCAUGACCCAGCACCGUAACGAUGUUCAAAUCUCCCCCAAAUCAUUCACUUCCAUCAUCACGCCCAAGGAGUCCGGACCUUUGCCAGAGUCUGCUCUCCGAGACUUGACCGUUGCAACCAUUGCUCUCAAAUACACACAAAGCAACUCUGUUUGCUAUGCUCUCAACGGACAGGUCAUCGGAUUGGGAGCCGGUCAACAGUCCCGUAUCCAUUGCACACGUCUUGCCGGUGACAAGGCUGACAACUGGUGGUUGCGAUUCAACCCACGAGUCCUCGGCCUCAAAUGGAAGAAGGGUACGAAGCGUGCCGACAAGAGCAACGCAAUUGACCUGCUUGUGAGUGGACAAUUACCAAAGGCUGGUCCGGAGCGAGAGGGCUUUGAGAGUUUCUUCGACGAGGUUCCAGCAGCGUUCUCGGAGCAGGAGAAGGAAGAGUGGCUUAGCAAGCUGAAGGAAGUUGCUGUUUCAAGUGAUGCAUUCUUCCCCUUCACCGACAACGUCUACAGAUCUGCGCGCUCAGGUGCGAAAUAUAUUGCUGCCCCAACGGGUAGCCAGAAUGACUCGGCAGUGUUUGAGACGGCCGAGAAGCUCGGUAUCACCUUUGUUGAGCAGGCCAUUCGCCUUUUCCACCACUAA